AUGGUCCCCCCUGUCCGCACCGAGAAGAACCAAGAGGCCAUCGCCUUUUCCAAGACCCUCUCCCACAUCCCAUGGUGCGAUGACUACGAAAAGAUGGUCUCGAGCAUGCUCUACAGCUGCGAGGCGCCUGAGCUUCUCGAGGCCAGAAACCACGCCCGAAGGCUUGCACAGAAGUUCAACACCUACGUGCCAGACGAUAGCGCUACGGCUGCUCAGGUCACUGAGACGAGGGUCGCCAUGAUCAGAGAGAUUUUUGGCAAGGCUGGUGCCGAUGUCUACGUCGAGCCCAGUCUGCAGGUGGAUUAUGGAUGCAACAUUACCGUUGGCGACAGAUUUUACGCCAACUUCAACACCGUUAUCCUCGACUGCGCUCACGUCACGAUCGGCGACCGAGUCUUCUUCGGUAACGGCGUCAGCUUGAUCACGGCCACACACGAAACGAGUCUCCAAUCCCGACGGGACAACAUCGAAUACGCCGAGCCCAUCACGAUCGGCAACGACUGCUGGCUUGGAGCCAAUGUCACAGUCCUGCCCGGUGUAACAAUUGGCAAGGGAUGCACUAUCGGCGCUGGAGCUGUUGUGUCCAAGGAUAUUCCUGACUAUUCAGUCGCGGUGGGAGUUCCAGCCAAGGUUAUCAAGAAGGUCGAGCCCUUGGAUGAAUAG